GCUUCUUAUAACUUCAUAAAUCCCUCAUUCUAUAAACAUUUUAGCAAAUUUUGCACUGUGCAAAAAAUCUCAGAAUUUUGCACAACUUCUGAACACCUAAACGUUAUUUCGGUAAAGUCAUUCUUUCAGCCAAUUUCCAAUAAAAAAUCUGGUCUGUCCUCAAGCCACGAAUCCCCCCUCAUCCCCGGCAAGCCAGAAAGUAGCUUUCUUUCCCCAUGGAGAGAGAAAGCUGUGGAGAGAGAGCAACCUUGAAAUGUGAUGUUCGAGGAGAAUUCCAGGUUGGCGACUACCACUUGCUUCUUCCUUCCAAUCUAAUAAUUUUUCCACCAGCUGCUACAAUUCUCAUCUCCUGCCAUCCUCGGUAGCUCGUCGUCCUCCAUUUAAAUUAUUUUUCACCCCUCCAAACUCUCCAAAUUAAUUACUCACAAAGUCCAGUUUUAGGUCGGGAAGGGACACAUUUCGUAUCAGUUAGACACACAGGGCUACAUACGUAAACAGCGUUCCAUGUAAACUACACGAUUAUCAUGAGGAGCUGCUUCUUCGUCCUGACCAACUCUGCGUGAGGGAUGAAAGGAGCAAACUUACUGCAAAAUGGACAUUCCAUUGGCGGAUUUGGUCGGCAUUGGGUGAUUUAUGGAGGACUCGGUGUCCUCCUGGCGACCCUGGGACACUACUCGAUCAGGGAUUGGGGUCUGUUGGAGGGGGUGUCGUGGGGGGUGGUUGUUUUCUUUGCCGUGUACACACUCGCCCUAUGCGCCUACUUUGGGAAGCAGAACUCCACCUCGGUCGUGACCUCGUGGCGACCCUCGGGCCUAUCCAGACUCCGGAGUUAUCUCACCUUCCUCCCCAUAACGACCAUCAUCCAGCAAGGGGAGGCUCAAAAGGGGGACGAUGCCACGGAUGAGAACGAACUCUCGCUGCGAAUCGCGGUCCAGAAAGAUCUCGUCAUUGAAGCCAUUCUUGCAGAAUAUGUGGCUCCGUGGUACACUAAAAUCAGCAGCAAUACGGCCUUCAUGCAGAAGUGUAGGACCAUUUUGCAGUCGAUUUUUCAACAAGUUGGGGAGAAGUUGGGACAGAUUGACCGGAACGAGAUUGCUAAAGAGGUCAUCCAAACGUUUCACAUGCACUGGAAAGAGUACUGCGAAGCGUUAUCGAAAUGCUCGUCCAACGGGGAAAAUGUUAUUAAAUGUUUCAAAUUCGUACACCCAUACUUACAAGACACGACGGAGGUGGCGCAACGCUAUGAGAAAAUUAUUUGUCAAAUUCUAGAAGACUUGGUGAUCCCUGACCUUCAGUCGAACUUGUUGUGUCAAUUUCUGGCUGGCAUCUUGGUCAAGAGUUUCUUCCUCUAUUACACCGACCUUAUCUGCCAACCGAGUUGGAUCAACAGUAAUUUGAUCGUCCUCCUCUCCUCGGACAGCAUUCUAGCCGAGUUGGCUGGAAGCAGCAGUCAGAACAGUUCCGCUCCAGCCACCCCACUUCCGGAAGUCUCUCCGAAAAAUAUUACUGAUGGAGAGGCCUGUUCUUCUUCCAUCCUCGCUACGACCCCCACCACGGCAGGAGGUACGACCUGUUCGACCCCGUUACCAGAAAAACUGCUUAGUGAUGGGGUCGAAAGUGAAGGUAGCGGCAGUGGUGGUGGCAGCGGCGGCGUCGGCGUUGAAGGUGGCGAUAUGCGCUUCAUCUUUGGAAAAUCUGAAAUUCACGAAUUUUGUGGAGAUUCCCCCCUGAAAAUGAGCGACCGUUCCGUCAGCCGAACGACGAGUCGAGGCAGCCCUUCUCCGUCCACGUCGGUGUCAUCCGCCCUGAGUGGGAUCAUCCCCACGACCGCGUUUCCCCUCCUCCCCUCCUCCUCCUACAUGACUGACCACUCCAUAAAUUCUGACGGUACGAUGAUGAUGGCUGAUGAUAUGUUAAGCGUGUUAUCCAUCGGACAUAACAUAACCACGACCACACUUCUUCCCAUUGAGGAUGAGUCCCCCUCAACUACUUUCUCCAUUGCCAUGACGGAUUCCGCGGACAGUAUGGAAUACUCCAGUGAGGCGAUCAGUACUGAAAUUAGUUGUCAACCGGUGACAUCUUCCUCCUCCUCGUCGUCAUCUUCGUCGUCAUCAUUAACAAACCCUACUCCGCCAGAGUGCUUGGCCACCAAUUCUUGUGAUAACAAUAUUGACGAAUCCAGCUCAACCGGGACGACAUUCCGGGCGACGACGCCCACCCACUAUUUUUCCUUUGAGGAGAUCAGCACUAGAAAGUCGAGUCAUCCGAUGCUCGAUUCCACGCCGGCCGCCCUCUCGGUCGAUGGGGCGAUCGAAAAUCGGAAAAAGAGUGGCGAGACUGUGAAAGGGAGCAAUACUCACGAGUUGAAGAUUCUCAACGGGGCCGACGUCAAGAAUGGGCGCUCACCCGUGUACGAAGAACCGGAAGACUUUGCCACGAGCAUUGCCAAGUUGAGGUCUCUCCUGGAGCAGAAGGAGAGCAAGAAGAAUUUACAUGCGACCACGUCGACCUCAGAAGCGUCAGAGUUGACCCCGUCGCAUCUAAGUUCUGCCGGCGUCGGGGAUGGCCUGCUUCUUCCUGAGCGGAAUAAUGGGAGCGAGCGGGAUGAUGAGGCUCCAUCGGAUCUGGACGCGUUAGAUUCGGAUCUUCCAUUGCAUAAUGACGAUGAGGAUGAGGAGGAGGAAAAGAAGGACGAGGAGGACGAUGUCAACGAGGACGUACCUGAACUCAAGUGUCACUUCCUGAACAUUACAAUUCCCAAGGUGGAGUCAUACAAUGACGCGGGUGGUGGACAACUUGACUUUUACUGCAUUCAGUACGACGGGGUAUAUUUUGACGAAAAGUAUGACGACCACCCGCGCCGAGUGAUCCUUCGUACGACAACGGCAAAACGUCGGUUCAAGGAAUUCCUCCUCCUUCAGGCCCGACUGGAAGAGCAGAGCCAAUGGAAGCCCCACCUGAAAGGGAUCAAGGCUCCGAAUCGCUGGCUGAACUUGUCCUUCUCCAAGGACACGGCCACCUCGACGAGGAAAACCAUGUUGGAACGAUACUUGAAUCAACUCUGCUCGCACCCCGUGUUGGGCACGUCGCGUGAAGUGUUUCAAUUCAUGGCGUAUGGCGAUGAUGGGUUCUCCCUCGACCCAUUAGACAUUAACGACCCGAAACACUUGCUCUCCACUAAAUUGGAUAAGCUCGCACGAAAAUUUACCGGGGUAAUAAAUUCCUUGAAGGAUGUUCUUCCAAAAUUUGAGUCGAAUCCGCCCUCUCCACAUUCCGAGAAUGGGGCCGACUCCUCCCAAAAUAUUCUGGCCCCUUCUUCCUUCCAAUUUCCAGAAGACCUCGCUCCGGAAUCGAAUGGGUCGAAGGACAUGGAAAACUCGUUGGCAGAUGCAACCUGGUUGGGGAACUUGGUCCCUUCGAGAGUGAGUGAUGGAGAUGCUUCCGUCCAAAGUGGUGACGGAGCCCCACAGUUUCCUGGGAUCACUGUGAAAAUAUCGGACGAAUUGCCAGACGAGUCGACUGACGAAGAAAACGGAAAUUGCAUGACAUACCCAUUAGCCGCAUCCCUUACACAAUUGCUCUGUGACGUUCUUUGGCUUCCAAACUGUCGGCCUCACAAUGCUUCAGUCUCCACAUUUAUGACCCUGAGUGGCAAGUCUUUAGAGAACUAUGUUCAAGAAACGAUUGACGUUUUCCUCUCUGACGAGGCUGUCCUCGGUUAUUUGGAAUGGUUCGGAAAAUCAUUAAAGGCAGAAACGGAUUCUGUUCAAGACUUGCAAUACGAUCUCUGCGCGGAACUCGAUUUAAGAAAUUGUCUCCGUAAAAGAAUUCCAGCGUGGGUGCGAUGGAUGUGGGGACGGAAUCGGUUAGACGUGACAAUAGAAAGGAUAACGGGAUUCUUCCAAAAUCCAAUUAUUAAUCAAGAUUUAGUACUGUCUCUCAGCGAAUUACUAUUUUCUAAAAUCACUCCUCCACACUAAAAGUACGUAGCCCAGAAAAAAAUGAUGAUAACGAACAAGUGAUAUUCCCAAAAGGAAACAGAAAACAAUGUAGAACUGAGUAUAAAGAUACGUGAACAUGUAUCCACAAAAACGUAGUACCGCUCUAAACUAUAUAUUAAUAAAUAUAUAUAUAUAUAUAUCUACUAAUUUAGUGAAAUAGUGGUGCAUGAAAUAAGUAUAUAACUCAAUAUGUGUGCAUUUCACAAUUUACGAAAUCUAAAUAAAAACGAUUGGAAUCGA